AUGCUAAAGCUCUAUCAAGUGGUGUACAUAUGGGACAAUAAGGCGUUGUUCACUUUUGAAAGGCCACAUCGCGCCCACGGGUGCGAGUGUGUGAAAGAAGGGGCUGAUGAUGAUGACGAGUAUGAUGGCGUUAGUGGGGCUAACGAGGCGGGCGGAGUGGGCGGCCAAGCCCAGGCGGAUACGAGUGGCGUGCCCAACUGGAAUUGGGCUCGCAGCCUCUCAGUGAGCGGUUGCAGGGGGCCGAGAGCAACUGGCCAACCGGUUGUGUGUCUUCUCCAAGAGACGAUUACACGCACACAUACACUCGGAAGAGAGGACGUCCGAAUAGCCCCAAACGAAGAGAGGAAAUGA